CCAGUCAUGUUAUUGGUACUGGGUCUGCUUAUUUUACCUGCGGCUCUCUCUGCACCAGCCAGAGAUCACUGCACCACUGGAAGAAACAAACUACUACUGAUCAGCUUUGAUGGGUUCAGAUGGGACUAUGACCAAGAUGUGGACACCCCAAAUCUAGACAAAAUGGCUAAAGAAGGAGUCAAGGCAGCAUACGUCACCCCACCCUACUUGACCAUCACCAGUCCUACACACUUCACCCUGUUAACUGGAAGGUACAUUGAAAACCAUGGAGUCAUUCAUAAUGUGUGGUUUAACACAACCACACUUCAGAGAAAAGAGUACUACAUGACACAGUUUGUGGAUGAGUACUGGGAUAAUGGUAGUCUACCCAUCUGGAUCACAGCUCAAAGACAGGGUCUAAAAACAGGAUCCCUACACUUCCCUGGCACUGCUGCCACCUACCAGAAAGAAACAGUCCAAGUGAGGGAUGUAGAACCAAAAGUUUAUGACUACACUAAUGAGACUGCAUGGAGGGAAAAUGUGGAUAAGGUGAUGGGGGAAUGGUUUAAAGAUCAAGACUUGGACUUUGUCACCUUAUAUUUUGGCGACCCAGAUGAGACAGGGCAUAAGUAUGGGCCUGAUUCUCCUGAGCGACGUGAGGCAGUCAAAAAAGUGGACAGAACUGUAGGCUAUAUAAGAGAAACUGCUGAGAAACAUGGACUCAGUGACCAACUGAAUAUUAUCAUCACAUCUGACCAUGGAAUGUCCACAAUGAACAAGGGAGAGAAGGAAAAUCACAUUGUUCUCACUGACAUACCUGGUUUCAACUUGAGAGAUGUGCAAUUCCACCUUUUGGACUACGGACCUUCUGGGAUAUUGUUGCCCAAAGAUGGGAUGAUUGACAAGGUUUACCAAGCCUUGAAAGGAGGUAAUCCUAAUCUUCAUGUUUACAAGAAAAACGACAUGCCUGCUCGACUGCAUUAUGGCAACCAUCCGCGCAUCUUACCCAUUAUUCUCUAUGCAGACCCAGGAUAUGUCAUCAAUGGGUUUUACCCAUUCCUGUCCAAUAAAGGGGAACAUGGCUAUGACAAUAAUGUCAUGGACAUGAAGCCUUUCUUCAGGGCAGUUGGACCAGAUUUCCACAAUAACUUGCUGGUUGGACCAUUUGAGACAGUCAACGUGUACCCUCUAAUGUGCCACCUGCUGGGAAUUAAACCAGAAAUCAAUGACGGGUCAUUGGAUAACACCCGACACAUGCUGAUCUCCAGUGGAGCGUCAUGUGAUUCCAGAGAUGCUCCAGAGUCAAUCCUUCAUAAUGUGUUCAUUGGUCUUGCUGCUGUGGCUGGAUUUUUAUUGCUUGUAUUUGUGCUUGUUACAUCCUACAAUGUUUAUAAAAGUAAAUCGUCUCUGGUGUACAAUAGCAGUACACAUGGAAGAUAA